CGGCGAUCGUGAAGUGCAAGAUGAGUGUACAGUCACACACGAACCACAUUCGAGUGAGCCUCGGGUCUCGAAUACGAACCGUAUCGCGUUGCGCGUACGCUAAGACGCGCGCGCUCCAUUUACGAAUUUGCGCGGCUGCGGACAUUUUCGCAACUUUUUUUUUUAAUUUAGUGUACUCUGUGUUCAAAUUUAGUGUUAAGUGGCCAUAUUAUGAAUUAAAAAAAACAGUUGAGUGAAGCAAACUUUUCAUUUUAUGAAAACUGAGGAGGUUUCGUUGUUGCCAGAUUUUCCAAACACCACGAUGAACCAGCAAUGUAAAGUGUGCGGGGAACCAGCAGCGGGAUUUCAUUUUGGAGCUUUCACGUGUGAAGGGUGCAAGUCGUUCUUCGGGCGGACGUACAAUAACCUGUCCUCGAUUUCUGAAUGCAAGAACAAUGGUGAAUGUGUCAUCAAUAAGAAAAACAGGACGGCUUGCAAGGCAUGCAGGCUACGGAAAUGUUUGCUAGUCGGCAUGUCCAAAUCGGGCUCGCGGUACGGGAGAAGAUCGAACUGGUUUAAAAUACAUUGCCUUUUACAAGAGCAGCAGCAGCAACAUAUGCAUCAAAUGCAGACAAGUAAAUCACCGCCCACGUUUAACACUUCGAUCAAUUCGCCCUUUUUACCGACGAAUAUCUUGCCGGCCGCCGCUUUAGCGGAGUAUUAUAAAAGUUCGGAAAAGAGUCCUUACACUGAAGAAGUGACGCGGCAGAGCGCAUCGCCGUCAGACUCAGGUGCGUCAUCCGCUGACCCAGAAGACGAUAAUAGCUCAAGGAGCACAAGCGGAUUGAGCAUUUUUAGACCAGCAUCGUCACCUAGCAGCGAAAAGGAUGUCCGAUUACAUGCAAUCAGAAAUCACAGUAAAGAUUUGAAAAGAAGAAAACCAUCAAUGCUGCCGUCAUCGCCGUUCGGUCCUAUGUCUGCGUCACCCAGUUACUCCCCGAGAAGUGCUCCAUUUCUACCAUCGCCACUCCAGAAUAUUAGACCAAUACCAUCAGGGAUAGCUUGGCAAAGUCGAAACGGUGGUGACUUAUUACUACAUUCCCCCGCAGUUGCGGGAGUAGCAAUUGAGCAGGAUCAACCUAUUGAUCUAUCCAUAAAAUCUACUGCCGUUUUAUUUAGAAGUCCAAAAAACGAAGAAGUCAGUGAUUCUGAACCCGAAUUGAGCAUCGAUUUAAACGAUGAUAAUGGUAAAGAUAUAAUGAAAAAUCCCCUGGAUUUGAGUCUUGUCACAAAACGCGUGGAGGAAGUCCCAAUGACUGGAUAAACGGAGUUAUUUCAAAAUUAGUAUUAAAUUAUUCGUGAUCGAUCACAGCCAUGUAUUGCAUAUUGUUAUUUAUGUGUAUACAUAUUUUGGUCUUUAUUCCUAGCUAGUUAAAGUCGUUUCAAUUUAAUUUCUAUAUUAAAAAUACUCUGCCAUACAGUAUUUAAGUAAUCCGUACAUUCCUUCCUUGUUAGAUUACCUGAUCUUACUACCAUAAUGUUAAUGUUAUUUUAUUUUUAUUUUGUAGAUAUUAGAUAUUCACCUAUUUUAAUACGAUGUAGAUGGAGUGGCAAGUGAUAAUUAUUUCGUGUCAUAUGUGCGGAUUUGAUGUUUGUCAUAGUAAUAUACUUAAUUGAAGAUUUGAAAAAGCAGUUGAAAAUAAAUUAUUGUGCCUUUAAAUGAUCUUAUGUACAAUUUUGAUCAUAUCAAAUGUAAUAAUGUAACUUUUCCAAGUCGAGGCUUAGUACUUAAAAAAUAUUUUUGUUUAAAAUAUUAUUUUGAUAAAUAUGACGCAUCAUACUACGCUGUUUUGUUAUUUUAGAAAAAAUCACAAGACAUUUUGUGCCAGUUGUAAAACUAUGCCAGUUUUUUAAUGUAUUACCAUAUUAGUUUAAUUUAGUGGGAUAACGGCCAGUCGAAUGUGAAGCUCAAAAUUGAAAAUGUACAAAUAAAUUAGAGAAUCAAUUAUUAUUGUAUGAUAUUAGAUGGUUUGCUUGAAAAAAAAUUAUCUAAGUAUUUAUUUUAGUUAUUAGGCCAGUUGAUUGAGUCAUUUUACGUAAGGACUUUUUAGGAUAUAUUAUUUUGUAUUCUUUUUUCUUAUACAGGAUGUCUUUUUAUGUUGCUCAAAUAUUAAAAAUAAAACUGAUAAUUUUAUCGUCUUUUUUCAAAACUAGGAGAUUUUUAGGAUGUAUUAGCAAAGCAGUGCGCCAGCAAAAAUAAGCCAUCCUGUAUAAAUAAUCUUGUGUUUUGCCUCGUGUUAACUGUUUCGUUGAUUGUUUUAGUUUGUUAAAGAUAUUUUAUACUUUUAUACAUUCCGUAAAAAAUUAUGCUCAAGCAGAUAAUAAUAUACCUGAAAAAUAUUGCUUUAGUGUUCACAAUACGCAUAAAUUCCUCAUUACAAUAUUUUUCUAAGCGUCUAGUUUUGUCUUUGCACGACACUUAUAUGUUUAACUUGUAAUGAACGCCAUUGACGAACAAUUAUUCUCACGUUUCUGCAGCGCCCACGACUAUAACUGAUCAGCAUGACGGCUCGACUUAUGAAACGUCUUCGCUGCCGUUUGUGCUUCGAAAACGUGAGUAUAAUUGACCGUCAACGGCUGACUUAGAUAGAGUAAAACUUUUAUUUUAACUAGGCUUACUGAGUCUAAUUGUAAUAAAUUCCACGCAAAAUAUGUUUCAAAGUAUGUAUUACGGGCAUUUUUAAACUAGGUGGCGCUAAGUUUACGUACUUUUGCUUGAACAUAGUGUUACUUAGCCACGACUCGACAGAUAUUAUUGGGUUUAAACUCAUUUUAAACUGCACAGAAAUCGCCACGUGCAAAGGCACUUUUAAUCAAAUUGAAUAUUUUUUGUAACCAGUACAAUAGUCAUAAUUGUAGUGAAUUUGUUAUAAUAGACAAUGUUAUUUAAAUCGCUAGAUAUGCCUUUGUCCUAACCUUGGCGAGACGUUUAAAUGUAGAGUGAAUGGGUACACUCAUUUGACUUCAUCAAAUGAGUGUACUCAUUUAAGCGAAUGAGCGGAAUCGUAAGGCGGAAACGACACGGAUGGACAAAUAGAAAAACAGUGCCAUAGUUUCCCGUGUCAGAACAUAGCUGUCUAACGAUUUAAUUCCAUGUUAUGGGCUUAGCACAUGUGAUACUUUCAGCAUCGCCGGUGGGUAAUUUAGUUGAUUUCCGGAAACUCGAUAAAAGAUCCGCCUAAGGCCAUGAAACAAUCAAACAUACUUGAUAAACUUGCUUGUCAAACUUUAUUACAUCGAGCUAUGUUUAAUGCUUUUCAAAGCCUCUAAUUGUCAAAUUAUUUUGACAAACACCUAUGAUUUGACAAAGCGCUUAAAUUCACAACAUUAGCCCAACGAUUUAGGUACUAUUGGACACAAAUCUAUAUAUUCUAAUCGGAAAGAUUGUAGAGUCAUCCCUUACUAUUAUUAGCCUAUUAGUGAAGCCACUAACUUUAUUUCUUAUUUUAUUUAUUGAUUUUAUUAUUCUACAAAAAAUACAUGUUGAAAUUAAGCCUAACCAUUGUGUAACAUAAAUCACACUUAGUUGUCCUGUUACUAUUAUUCUUAAAUUAUUCGCCACUUACAAUUACCACACCUUAACAUUUCUAGUGUAAACUUUUUUUGGUAAUCGGAGUGGAAAGUUAAAUAAAAAAUUAAAAAAAUAAAUAAAUACUGAAUACAAAUAAAGUCCCCAAAGGCCACAUAGCGCUAUAGCUUGGCAAAUUCGUUCGUAACACUCUUGAUGGUCCGCACGGUCCGGCGUGUAGCGAUGAAUGAAAAACCCACUACUGAUGCAUCUCACACUCGCGCAGUCUUUCCCCCCGUCGCCCGCAUGUCAUGGGAGUGUCAUCAACCACACUGUCAAGCUAUAUAAGUAUGAAUGCAUGGAUGUUUGCAAAAUCGUAACUCUCCAAAACAAGUAUCAUGUGUGCUCCAACCCUAAUAUAUAUGUAACAUGGCUCAACUUUAGUAUAUAAUAAUACGAAUUCCUAUGAACUUUUUGAAAUACGUAAGUUAUGAACUAUAGUUGUUUGUUAUCAGUGUGAUAUGCAAUAUUUUAUAUCGACGUGUUUUUAUAUACUUUUUUUACGUUUAUAAAAUCUUAAUAUAUUUUUGAGAGGAAAAUAAAAUAUGAGUGCCUUGAG